AAUUGCAACAUUCGCAGAGGUGCUUGAGACAACCGGAUCUGGAGAGAUGAGAGCCAGAUCUGAUGAAACCGGAAUGGCCUUGCUUAGCGCACUUGCUGAAACAGGGGCAUUAGGGGCCGUAAUCGGAACAACGGCAGACUGCAGAGGAGCAGAGGAGCUGACAUCAGGCGGGCAAAAGGACGACGGGAAACUAAGGGCAAUGACUUUCUCCUCUAAGGUCAAAUCUUUCCGUUCUCGAUUUUUCUCCUCACAUGAUAAGGCCAAAGAGAAGGAAAUGAAGCAAAAAUUGUUGAAUCCUCUCUCUUUUUCUUCACCAAACUACGAAGAGGCGAUUCAAGAGAAUUUUAAGCCACACUGGAUCAUUGGGAUUGACCCUAACUUGUCUGGAGCUUUGGCUGUGCUGAAAUUCGACAACAAGGGAUGUUGUUCUGCUCAGGUAUAUGAUACUCCUCAGUUGCAAGUUGUAGUUCAAAAAAUCCCAAGAACUCGUUACAAUUCAAAAUCAAUGCUAGAACUGAUUCGUACUCUAGAUGUUCCAUCCGGAACCAAGGCAUUUGUAGCGAAAUCGAUUAACUAUCAAAACGACAAUAUUGCGGACUUGGAUAUGGAUUAUGGAUAGGAAUGCUUCUCACAUCUAACAUUUCUGUUAGUUCCGUUACUCCUUCUACAUGGAAGAAACAUUUUAAACUUAGUAUUUAUAGCCUGGUGAUGAAUCUUCACUCUCAAACUUUUAUGAUUUCAUGUCUAACCUCUCAUCAGUUGCAAUAAAGAUUUUAUUUUCUU